AUGUCACCCUCCGACACACAUGACAGUGCGUCAGCAGCCAGCAGUAUGGAGGUGACGGACCGCAUCGCCUCCCUGGAGCAGAGGGUCCAGAUGCAGGAGGACGAGAUCCAGCUGCUCAAGUCCGCUUUGGCCGACGUGGUGCGCAGACUCAACCUGUCGGAGGAGCAGCAGGCCAUGGGGUCUCGAAGAGGACCCACCAAAGCCCGGCCAAUGAUCGCCACCCUGCCAUUACGGCCCACGGUAAACAACGGGACCAUCCUACCAAAGAAGGGCAGCAGCACUCUGCCCUCGCCAUCUGGAUCUGGAUCCAGGAAAGACACCAGCACAGCAGCCAGCAAGAGCACUGUAAGGAGAGCCAACUCAAACGAACACAUGGGGACUCUCACCCGGAAAGAUUCAGGUGACUCAAAGGGCAACCGCACUCGUGCCGGGUCCACCGGCAGCAACUCCAGCGGCAAAAGGAGUGACAGCAAGCAGAGGGAUCCAGUAUUCAAUGCAGAGGAAGGUUAUGUGAAAAUGUUCCUUAAGGGCCGCCCCAUCACCAUGUACAUGCCCAAAGACCAGGUGGACAGCUACUGCCUGGAGGCCAGAGCCGAGCUGCCCGGCAACAAACUCAAGCUGGACUGGGUCUACGGUUACCGCGGUCGAGACUGUCGCUCCAACCUUUACCUGCUUCCCACCGGAGAGACGGUGUAUUUCAUCGCCUCGGUGGUCGUCCUGUUCAAUGUGGACGAGCAGCUGCAGAGACACUACACCGGACACACAGACGACAUCAAAUGCCUUGCUGUCCACCCUGAUAAGAUCACCAUAGCUACUGGCCAGGUGGCGGGCACCUCCUCAGAUGGAAAACUGGCUCCUCACGUCCGUGUGUGGGACUCUGUCAGCCUCAACACCCUCCAUGUCCUAGGAGCAGGUUUCUUUGACCGAGCGCUGGUUUGCCUGGCGUUCUCCAAGUCGAAUGGAGGAAACACGCUUUGCGUGGUAGAUGACUCCAACGACCACGUCCUCUCUGUGUGGGACUGGCAGAGAGAGGACAGGCUGGCCGAGGUUAAGUGCUCCAACGAGUCAGUGUUUGCUGCAGACUUUCACCCAACAGACAGCAACAUCAUUGUGACUUGUGGCAAGUCUCAUCUCUAUUUCUGGACCAUGGAGAAAGGCAUGCUGGUCAAGAAACAAGGGCUGUUUGAGAAACAGGAGAAGCCCAAGUUUGUGUUGUGUGUGACCUUUGCAGAAAAUGGAGACGCCAUCACUGGAGACUCGAGCGGAAACAUUCUGGUGUGGGGAAAAGGCACUAAUCGCAUCAGCCACGUCAUCCAAGGAGCUCACGAGGGCAGCAUCUUUGCUGUGUGCAUGCUGAGGAACGGCACACUGGUGUCUGGGGGGAAAGACCGCAAGCUUGUUUCCUGGGACAGCAGCUACCAGAAGACACAAGCAGUGGAGGUGCCAGAACUGUUCGGCCCAAUUCGGACCAUAGCAGAGGGCAGAGGGGAGACCGUGCUCAUCGGGACCACCAAGAACUUUGUCUUACAGGGAAGUUUGGAUGGAGAAUUCACACCAAUUACACAGGGUCACACUGACGAGUUGUGGGGUCUGGCCGUCCAUCCGUGUAAACCUCAGUUCCUGACCUGUGGCUAUGACAGGCAGAUCUGCCUGUGGGACUCCAGCGUCCAUCAGCUCAUUUGGGCCAAGAGCAUCGAAGAUACGGCUCAGUCGGCAGGCUUCCACCCGUGUGGAGCGGUGGUUGCCAUCGGCACCCAGACUGGCAGGUGGCUGGUGCUGGACACAGACUCUAAGGAUUUGGUCACAGUGCACACAGAUGGGAAUGAGCAGCUGUCCGUGAUGCGCUACGGACCAGAUGGUAAUUUCCUGGCUAUUGGUUCCCACGACAACUACAUCUACAUCUACGCCGUGGCGGAAAAUGGGAGGAAAUAUAGCCGAGUGGGGAAGUGUUCAGGCCACUCCAGUUUCAUCACCCAUUUGGACUGGUCAGUGGACUCCCAGUACCUGGUGUCAAAUUCGGGCGACUAUGAGAUACUGUACUGGAUCCCGUCAGUGUGUAAACAGGUGGUCAGUGUGGAGACCACCAGAGAUAUCGAAUGGGGGACCAGCACUUGCACUCUGGGCUUCCAGGUCUUCGGCCUGUGGCCCGAAGGGUCCGACGGCACCGACAUCAACGCUGUGUGCAGGUCCAAUGACAAGAGCCUCCUGGUUACCGGGGACGACUUUGGGAAAGUCCACCUCUUUUCGUACCCCUGCUCACAGUUCAGGGCUCCCAGCCAUGUUUAUGGAGGCCACAGCAGCCACGUGACCAACGUGACCUUCCUGUGCGACGACAGCCACCUCGUGUCGACGGGGGGGAAGGACAUGAGCGUCCUGCAGUGGAGGAUAGUCUGAGGGCCCCAACGGGAAGCGUUAGCGUCUCACAGCUGCUGCCCACUGCACCCCCGGAGAGGCCAACUGUACUAAAACCAACCAAACCAAACCUAAAUGAAGACUAAACAAGAAGUGGAUCUGACUGAACUGAAGCGAUUUGAAAGAAGAGAAACUGAGUCUUUCCUUCUGGGCUGCUCACAGAUGAGUUGAACAGGCGGAGGCGGAAUGAACAGCUGCUUGAAAUGUCCUCCUUUUUACUCUUCUUUUUCUCUUUCUUAACAUUUUUAAUGUACUGUAGACUUGUGAUAUGAGACAGAGUGAGUCUGGCUUAACAGAACCGAAGGCUCCGACUUGUCCAGCACCUGUUUAGAGGACCCUCCCGUCUCAGACGGUGACUCAGGAGGUUUUUUCUGUAGUCUGUCAGAGCCGUUUCAGCCUGUCGGAAAGGGAGAUCCGAGACCCACACAACACACUAUGAAAGGAAAGAAAAAUGGGGUUUUCUAACUGUUAAACUUUCUUUUAUUCUGUAUUUAACAACUCAGGAAAGCACUAUUGAGGCAAGACCCUUCCCCCUUAUGAACACACCAGAACUUUGUCUGCCCCAGAAAUAUUGUCACUUAAGUAUUCAAAGCCAUCGCCCACAGUUUACAUUUGACAAAAUUGUCCCUGAUUCAUUUGUAUCAGCCUUGAUUUACCUAUUCAGUGUAGGAAAUGCAAUGAAACAGAUUUGAAUCUGAUGAUAAUCUAAUAUAUUUAUGCAGAGGUCAUGCCAAAUUGCGAUAUUUUUUAUUAUGGAAAAAAAAAACAUCCAAAUAUAUUCCAAACAUUAGCGCUUCCAGGUCUUAGAAAAUGUACACUUUCAAUUAUUUAUUGAUCAUAUCUCAAAUCAUGCACUGCCAGUUGGAAUUCCUUUGAUCUGUCCCAUUAACUAAUCCCCGUUUAGUCCCGGGUGGGUAAAUGUGCCCAGAGUCUUGAAACUUAACUGAGGAAAAUGUGAGUGAUUAUUGAAACUGUUUUAGAUUUUUUUUUUAGGAUGACAUGUAGGUUCUUUGUCUUAUCUUUUGUCUCGAUUUCAAGGAGCAUCGAAACCAAGUGUACCCAGUUUUUCUAUGUGUCUACGUUGAAUUGCACCGAGAUACGUUAACAGAGGUGAAGGAUGAGACCACAACACUGUAACUGUCUGACCUGCUCUGUCAGGAGCUCGCAGGAAAGAGUUUACUGAACUGAACCCCUUCUUUAGGUGUUUUUUCUCUCCACAAUGCUUCCGCCUGGUGAACGUGCAGCCGGCCCAUUCGUUUUUGGCACGCCACAGAAAUCUGUGUCGGCCGCCACAAACUGUCCCGGUCGUUCAGAUCCACGGUACACAACGCGUCACAUUCCUCUCCCUCUGACCCGCCGAGCUUGCACACGUGCAUGAGUGCAUUUGAUGUGAUAUUGAACUGGAUUUGAGCUGGUUCGAGUGCGAGCAUCACGUCGGCCGAAGGAGUAGUCUGACCAGAACAUCCUCAGAAGUCCUACAACAGCUGAAAUUUGAACUAAACGGGAUGGAUUUAACGUGACCAGUCUCACCUCUUAACACACUGCGCUGCCAAUUCAAAACCAUUAAACAUUUUAAAUCUGACUGAAUGUAAUUGAGAGCUGAAAUUCUUUGUGUGCCUUCUUUUAGUUUCCAGACUGUCCAUUUGUUCAUUGUUGUUGUUGAUUUGAAAUCUGAAUUAUUAGGGGAAUGCUUCUGGAUAGCUAUAAAUUACUUAAACUGUUAAAAUUGUACAAAAUACCACAUCAGACAGCAAACCACUUCAAAUAACUCACAACAUCCAACUUGAAACACAAGUGUUUAGAAAAUGAAGACCAAAAUCGGAAACCAAAAAUUUGAACUUGAGGAACAAUGGAAGCAUAGCCUCAAUAAAUGUAAUAUUUUGUAAAAAAAACAAAUAAAAAAAAAACAUUUAAAGAAUACUUAACCAUAAACACGUCAUUUUAUAAACCAGAUCUAAUCCAAAAUAUCAAAACAAUCUUUUAAAAAAGCCAAAACAACAGAGCAAAAACGUAUUUUCAGCCAAAGCGAAAAACAAGUUUAACAAAAUAUAAAAUUUAGAAAAUAAUACACAAAAAUAGAAUUGAAAAUGCAUCCAAUUCGUACCAAGAUGAUAAGAGUUACAUCUAACUUUGAAUGUAACAUUUUUCAACAGCUGUUUGGGGACAUUUUGGGGGUGUCUCAGUUUUCUGAAGGGUUAUUUUUGGUUCUUUUCUAUCUUUAACUUUUUGUUGUUGUGUUUUAAACUGUGCUGUUUUUGUUAAUGUGUUGACUGUGGCUUCAUUAUGUUUUAUGUUUUGUGUGUGGUAGUGAUGUGUUUCUGUGUGUGUUUCUGUGU